UAGCGCGCUUAGUGCAGUCACAAGACCCGACCAUCCAUGAACAAAAACGUCCAGGCGUUUAUUUCACUGCUCGGCUACAUUUAAAGCAAGUAUAUUUGGAUACGUGAAGGUUCCCCAUCCUUUCCAUGGGGUGCGUGGCGCGAUGGAUAUCUCCAAGAACAUUUACGCGUCCAGCGCUUUGCCAGCUAUGAUUAUUUUAAUAAACCGCAUAGAGGAGUUUUGAGACACUUUUUAUAGUUAUCUGAACUUAUGUGAUGAAUUUGAAACGAAAGGAGGGGCGAGUGUCAAAGGAACUGACCACGAGUUGAGAAGAAAAAAAACUAAGGGAAAGAUGUCUACAUUUGCCACCCACACGAUAUCGAUUGUAUUACAUUCAAGAAGCUUCGCACUUGACGUAUAAAAACAAGACGCAUGUUCUCAAGAAAGACACGAGACAACAGGAACUUUUGGAAGAUAUAUUUUUCUCUGGCAACUUUGCGUCUACAUCAUUAGAGGCAGAAGCACCUACCAAUAUAUAAUCGUUCUGGAAAGCCAUGCGGGCUGAGAAGAGAUGGCACAUCUUGUUGAGUAUGAUUCUUUUGCUCAUCACCUCCAGCCAGUGCAUGGACAGCAAGGAGGUAAAGGAGUCGGAAAGGAAAACUCUGCUUAAUCUAAUCCUGCAAGUGAUCGGGGAAAAGCCCGCGUCCAGACGCGUCACCAGUGGCCUCUACUCUGUAUCUCAAGAUGUGAAGUUUUCCUCGCGUGAAAACACUGCACAUUUGCCCAAGCCGGACAACAGCAGACCAAUAGAGAUUGUCGCAAGAGAUAUAAGCAUGAAAGACAAAUUUAUAGAACAUUUUACAGGACCAGUCAAGUUUCCAUCUGAAUGCAGGACACAUUUCCACAGAAUUUAUCACAACACAAGGGAUUGUUCCAGACCGACAUAUUAUAAAAGAUGUGCAAGAUUGCUAACAAGGCUAGCGAUGAGUCCCCUUUGCACACAAUCAUAGAAAAUGCAUGUCCUGAGGAUAUAAAAGAAGAAGCUCUGAGGAUUUUGGAGUCCAUUAUUUUUUUCCAAGGAAGUGCCUUCAAACCACUGCAAUUAACUGUCGUUGUUUUCAUUUACUGUCAUUUCCAUUUCCAACGAACGAUUGUUCUGAAUGAAUACAAAUUAUCAUUUUUUGCUUAUCAUAAUUUAUAUGUUUGUGUUACGAUGCUAUUGAAAUAUAGUUUUGUUUAAUAGCUUUGCUUUUGAUAUUAUGAGUUUUAAAGAAAGUAUUAUUUAUCGUUAUUGCCAGUUAUUUAUUUAAAUGAUGUGUAAAUAUUCUGUCCUGAUUACCAGAGAGGAUAUUGGAAUAUGUAUCUCAUUAAAGCCGUCGUUACUAUUAAAUAUAUUUCUGUUUUGUAUUGAAAUGUAUUAUUUUAAAUGCAAAUCUACAUAUACGUUAUUUCAACUAGGGUUGGGUCGAUAGACGAUACCAUCAUCCAUCGCCGAUGGCUGAUAGACAUCACAAUGCUGAGCUGGCAUCGCAAUCCUCUGCCCCUGUCGCAAACCCGCUUGAGAAAAAUAAACACUUAGGCCUUGUUUAGACUAAUACAUCUUCAUUUUAAAAUGGCAUUAUAGAAUGAAAAUGAUCCACGUCCACACUGGUGUUUCAUCUAGCAUUUUUGAACAGCCCUCCAUUCACACUAUACCACUGAAAUUGCACAUCCCGUGACAUGGCAAAGAUCAAAUGAUCAUGGCAAAGAUAAAAUAAAUCAGUUAUUAGAAAUGAGUUAUUAAAACUAUUAAAACUAUUAUGUUUAGAAAUGUGUUGAAAAAAUCCUCUCCCGUUAAACAGAAAUUGGGGAAAAAAUAAACAAGGGGGGCUUAUAAUUCAGGGGGUUAAUAAUUCUGAAUUCAACUGUAUAUUACAUGGGAGACUUGCUUUGUUUACCAAUGUAUAAGUGGAUCUAAUUGGACUUGCAUUGUAAACAUCAAAUAACAGUUAAAAAGAUAUUCUUUUUUAUUUCAUGUAUUAAGUUUUUAAUUACGAUACUGCCGAAAUCAUUCCACAUAAAUCCGCAGAUUAUCUAUAAGAUUCUGCGUAGAAAUAGAAAACAAAUUCUGCAGAUUCUGUGUGGCCCUAGUUAUGGGUAAAACAAAGACCAUGCGUGUUAGGUAGUUGAAACGGUAAGGUACAAAUAAUUAAUUCGUUAUGAAUUAAUUAAUUAUUCAUAAAUAGUUCAUUCGCCGCCACCUACGACGACAAUGCCAUCGUUCAUCGCGAUGUUUCACAUUAGACAUCAUACGAUGCCAAAUUGGUCGACAUCGCCCAACCCUAAUUUCAACCAUCCAUAGUCUUUACGAAAUGAUCAACAUUUCAUACCAUGCUGUCAUUUCCAUGAUAUCCACCAUUGGCACUUAAAGAACUUCAAACGAUAAAUUAUUUCAAUGACAAAAACACAUUGUUUGUUUGAUAACAAUGGUAAUA